CACUGCUUUUACACUGUUUCCAGCCAUGAAAGCUGUGCUGCUGGUGAUGCUGUUGGUGUUGGCCGCGUGGGCAGAUUCAGCCCAGGCCCAGAAAGCUCUGAGACUCUGUGGCCGUGAGUUUUUUCGGGCGGUCGUCUACACGUGUGGGGGUUCCAGAUGGAGGCGGGGCCAAACAGAGGACCCAAUAAAUGAUUAUAAAAUUGAGCCUGAUGUGGAGUCAGAAAUGGAUCGAGUAAGAAGAGAGGCAUACGAAGCGCUGCUCUCCAUGUGCUGUCAAGCGGGAUGUAGAAAAAGUGAUCUUGUUCACAUGUGCUGAGAAACACUCCUGACUUCAUCAUCUUCUCUGUGAAAAAUGCACUUAAACUUUUUUUUUGAAGACCUGAAUUACAUAAAGUUCAAUGGCUUUAACAUAUUU